AUGAAAGAUCGUUUCCGUUAUAUCUGUCACCAUCUAUCCGCGGAGGCGUUAUCCAAGGCUUCUUCCUUCGGCGUGAAGUUCAUCGUUGACAUCGACUCACUGCUUUCGUCUCUUCGGCGCAUCAUUGCUACUCUCAAACCUCCGGUUGUUGCUUAUCGACAGUUUUCGUCUCGUCUGCAGCUUUCUGGCGAGAUCGCCCGUGAUUAG